AAGAGUGGUGGCGAGGGCAGGGGUCGCUGGCUGCAUUAGCAAACGGGUGUCUGUGAGCACAUUGCUGCCUUGACUUGUGUUAUCUGCGCGGUGGGUUGUGGGUGUGUGAGCGUCGAAGUAAAAUGGCGGACUUGGCAAACGAAGACAAGCCUGCCAUAGCGCCCCCUGUGUUUGUUUUCCAUAAAGAUAAACCACAGAAGAGAUCUGCUGAGGGCUCAAGUGCAGAGGAUGGAGAAGAUUCAGAUAAAGAUGAGGGAAGCUAUACUCCCCCUGUGAAAAGGGAAAGGACCUCAUCAUUCCCACCCCCACAUUCUGUUCCUAAGAACAAUGUAUUCAUGCCCUCAAGUUUCUGCCAGUCUCCGACUGGGAACUCUGACUCCGAGCCAGAGGAGAAGCCUGUGGGGUUCCGUUUAAAACCACCGACUCUCAUACAUGGACAGGCACCAAGUUCAGGUGUCCCUAGUCAGAAACCCAAGGAGCAGCAACGCAGUGUCCUCCGCCCUGCAGUUCUCCAGGCACCGCCCUCUAAAUCACAUUUAGAGUCCAAUUCCAGUUGUGGAACCAAUGGUGUGAAAAAGUCAUCAGAUGGUGCACCUGUGACCCAGUCCCUCUUCCUGAACAACACAGAGCACUCAGCCACGCUGACUAAGACACCGAAACAUGAAAAUGAGGAAGAUGGCUCAAGUGGUAACAAGGAUGGAGAAAGAAAAGAGAAGAAAGAGUCAAAUGUAGCAAUAUCAUUUGUGUUUGGUCAGAAUAUCAAAGACAGAGCAAAGUUGGAUGAAAACAAUAAAGAAGACAACUCAAAGGACGGCGUGCCGCUGGACUCUCAAUCAGAGGGCACAAAUUAUUUCUUGCAGUACAUCUCUACCACAAGUUCAAAAAAUGCCACAAACAGUGCAGACAGUGGAGCAAAAUUUGUUUUCGGGCAGAAUAUGUCUGAAAGAGUUCUGAGUCCACCAAAGGGUGACUCUUCAAAUGAGGAAAAUAAAGACGUGUCAGCUGCCCCUGCUUCAGAGCCCUCAUCGCAGGAAGCCACCCCAGAGAAAGCAGUGAACAACGUGUCAGAGUCUUUGGAGGAGUCUGCAGCAGCAUACACCAAAGCCACAGCCAAGAAGUGCAUCUUAGAGAAAGUCGAUGUGAAAACUGGAGAGGAAUCAGAAAGCAAUGUUUUACAGAUGCAGUGCAAGUUGUAUGUUUUUGAGAAGACUGCUCAGUCGUGGAUAGAGAGAGGUCGGGGUUUGCUGAGGCUCAAUGACAUGGCAUCGACAGACGACGGCACGCUACAGUCUCGUCUAGUAAUGAGGACCCAGGGCAGCCUCCGGUUGAUCCUCAACACUAAACUUUGGCCCCAGAUGCAAGUGGACAAGGCCAGCGAGAAGAGUGUACGAAUCACUGCCAUGGACACGGAGGACCAGGGUGUUAAGGUCUUCCUAAUAUCGGGUAGCUCUAAAGACAUAGGUCAGCUGGCUGCAGCGUUACAUCACCGUAUCCUGGCCCUGAAGAGCAGGGUGGAACAGGAGCCCGAGGCCCCGGCAACAACCAUCCCAGAUGCCGAGGUACCGCAGUCCAACGAGGAUGACAGCGACGAGGAGGACAAUGCCUCUGCCUCCGCUUCAGCCUCUACUCCUGCUACAAGUAAUUCAGAGGGAGGAGAGAGCCAGGCAGCUGGAAGCACAUAGCGUCACUCUUGGAAAGCCUGCUGAGAUGCCACUGUAGAAGCAUUUUGCUGCAGGCAUCUCCAUGGACAUCCCAUGACCAACGUGGGUCCUCCAGACCAGUACUUUUGGAUAUUAGAAGUCUAGCUCCAGGAAAUAACCCCCUGUGCCGGAGUGUCUCACCCAACUCGUGCAGUUCAUCUUCUCUGCGUUCAGCGUAAUAUCUGGAGUCGUUUCUUCCCGCCCUCUCCUGUUUUUGUGUUUAAUUUUUGUUUUCGAGUAUUUUUUUUUUCUUCCUCUCCCCGAUAGCAAAAAUAAAGACUUCAAAGCUUUGGUUUGGGACUUCUCUGCUCAUCAUAUUGAUGAGUGUAAGGGUGUUUUCCUCUACAUUUUAAAGUAUGGCACAUGUUAAGACUGCAGUUUCUACUUUGGGACCUUUAUACUCACUCUACAGCCGUACCUCUGGACACCACACAUCCAGAGGAGCUUCAUUCACAUUGUAUUUGACUCGUCAUCCAGUCGUCUUUUUUUUUUUUUUCUCUUACAUCAAGUCCAGCCUUCCUCUUGCCCCCCUCAUCCUGACCAGUCUGUGCGUUAAGUUUUGGCAAAUGUAAUUUAUUUUGGGCUGUCAUUUUCAUGAGGCAUCUCAACACAUAUGUGCUGUUUGUAAUGGCUAGCCAAGACCACUCGAGUUGUCAUUAAUAGCAGUUUCUUAUAUUUCCUAUUGACCUAUAUUAUAGUGAAUAAAAGACUGAAACAGUGCAGUUUCCGCUAAUGUGAGUUAAUGAUUUGGGGACAAAAGGGCAGUUCACCACAAUGUUUCGUCUAGAUUUCUACGAUGUGUUAGUCAUUCAGCGUCUGGUUUUUCUUUUUUUCCAAAAUUAGAAAAAACAUGAACUCACCCGUCUACAUUCUGCAUGCAACUGUUACUUUUCUCCUUUUCCAGCAUCCCAGGUGUUUAUUGUGUUGAUUCAUAUUUUUAUGUUGAAGUUUUUUUUUGUUUUUUUUUUAUCCAUUUACAUUUGGAAAAAAGGUUUUGAAUGAAAGAAUUCAUGUGUGGAAAAUUUGAGUGGCAACUGUAAUACCCUUUGAAUGUCAUGUACAUUUGAAUAUAUCAUCAUUUAGUAGCGCACCAUGUUUUCUCAUCUCCAGCUGCCCCCUUUACAAAAUAAACCAUUUUGGACUGAC